CGCUGGGGCCCGCCUGCCCGCCCCUUUAUCAGGGCCAUGGAGAAGGAAAACCGCUUUCACUUGUUCAUACCGCAGCGCCGGAACGCUGGGCAGGUGUCUGCUGGCAGAGGCCAGGGUUCUAACAAAUGCUCAGAUGAUGAUUUUAAGUUGCCAUCCAAUAUGUCGAACCGUGGUGAAAUCACUGAUUCAGAUACAAUUUCACAGCAAGUAAAACUUUGCUCUGAAGUAGAUGAAGAGAGUACAGAAACAAUGAAUGAAUUGUUCUCCAAACUCUACAAAGAGGCUGAGAAGAUCAAGCAGUGGGAACUGACUGUGGAAUCAGAACUAAACCAGAAAGAAAGAAAACUCCAAGAAAAUAGAAAGAUUAUUGAAGCACAGAAUAAAGCCAUUCAGGAACUGCAGUUUGAAAAUGAAAAACUCCGUUUGAAACUGGAAGAUGAGAUGUGUGAAAAUAAAGAUCUCUUGAAAGAAGCCACUGCUUUGAGGCAUCUAUGUAAUCUGCUCAAGGAAACCUACUCUCACUUCACAGAGAAGACCAGCAAAUAUGAACAGGAAAAAAAUGAAACAAGACAAUUGUAUGAGGAACUUCAUAGCGACAUAGAAAGAAUGACAGUGGCAUUUGAAGAGCUUCAUAUGCAAGCAGAGAGGGACAGACUGGAAAUGAGCAUCAAAUUAAAAGAAGAAGCAGAAAAGGUGGACAAGUUUGAAAAGGAAUGCAAACUGGAAGUCAGUCAGAAGGAAAAGCAGAUUUCAGCUCUUACCAUACAGAGAGAUGAAAAAGAUGGUGUAAUAGAAGACAUCAAGGCUCAGCUGAAGGCAUCAGAAAAUAAGAUUGCUGACUUAAUAGAAGCAAAAUUACGUGAAGAAGAAAUGUUGAAGGAAUCCCAGGCCAGUCAAGAACAUUUGAGGGCAGAGCUGGAAGAGGCUAAAAUUUCACUGCAAAAAGCAGAGGUUACUCAAAAGAACUUAGAAACAGAAUGCCAGACUACCGUGAAAACAUUAAUUCAGGUCACUGGAGAAAAGGAAGCACAGGAGGAAGAAUGUAAAAAAAUGGAAGCUUUGCUUGCAGCCCUGACAGAGGAGUUUGAGACUUCUACUGCCAAUUUGAAAAGCUUGCUGCAAAAGGAGCAAAAGAGAUUAAAGGAAUAUGAAGACAAGUCAAAGCUGCUUACCUUGGAGCUCCAAAAUAAGUCUGCUGAGCUGGAGGAGAUGACUAAAGUAAAAUGUGACAAAGAAGUGCAACUUGAAGAGCUGUCAGAAACUCUGGUAAAUGUUGGAGGACUUUUACUGAAGAAGGAUCUUGAGGCUACUGUAGAAAAUUUGCAGAGAGAGAAAAAUGUGGAGAGAGAAUCAAAACUUUUCCUUUUCCUUUUGCAGAAAGAAAUCCAUGAUUUGAAAGUACAGCUGACUAGUACAGCUGAAAAGGAACAAGAUUAUUUAAACCAGCUUUUGACCCUGAAAACAGAUCUUGAACAAGAAGAGUUGAAGAAUGAACAACUAACAGUGUAUCUCAAUAAGCUUUCACUAGAGAAAGAACAAAUAGCACAAGAGAAAAAUGGUGUGGCUGCAGAACUCAAGAGGCUGCAAGAAAAACAAGAGGAUAGUAAGAAAAAAGAAGAAAAUACAAAGCAGUUAGUUGAAAACCUAGAAGAGGCAAAUGGCCAGCUAAGAAGUGAACUGGAGUCUUUGAAGGAGAAAAUGGCAAAGACAGGUGAAGAGAUUAAAAGUAAACUGGAUGAAAGAGAAGAAAACGUUAAGGGUAUUGAAAAUGGAAUUUCAAUAAAAGAAAAGCAUUUGCAGAUUCUAGAAAAUAAGAUGAAUAGUUUAAAGAAACAGGUGGAAAAUAAAACUAAGCACAUUGAAGAGUUGCAGCAGGAGAAUAAGGUGCUAAAAAAGAAAAUUACUGCAGAAAGCAAGAAAAACAGUAUUUAUGAAGGGAAGGUGAAUAAAUUGCAGUUAGAGAUGGAAAACAUGAACAAAGAACAUAAGGAAACAGUUGACAUCUAUCAAAAAGACAUAGAAACAAGAAAAAUGAAUGAAAAUAAACUUCAUGAAGAGGUAGAAAAGUUGAGGUUGCUUUAUGAUGAAGCAACAAUGAUACAAAGAGAAACUGAUAUCAGAUGUCAGCAUAAGAUAACUGAAAUGGUGGCACUUAUGGAAAAGCACAAGAACGAAUAUGAUAAAGUGAUUGAAGAAAAAGAUGAAGAGUUAAAAGUAUAUAAAAUUAAACAGCAAAAGCAGUUUUCAUCAGAAAGAGCACUGGAAAAUGAGCUGUCAUAUUUGAAAAGUGAACUGUCAUCCCUUAAGGAACAACUGAAAGCAGAAAUUGAAGAGAAGGAGAAUCUUGUAAAAGAGCACUCUCAAAAGAUGAUUUCUGAAAGUGAAAAGAAACACAAGGUAACUUUAACUUUUUUUCCUGGGACUCCUAAACCUUGUUUAGGUCCAGACAGUGAAUCUAUUAAUGUAAAAAAUAGAAAGUCUCCAAAUUAUAUUCCUAUGGAAGUCAACAUGGUGGUAAAGAAAAAAGUGUCUCCUGUGGUACCUGCAGGAAGCCCCUUGGGCAGUUCAACAUUGAAGACAUAUAUUGUAAAGACUCCUCCAGUAGAUAAACUGCAAAGUGGAAGAAGCACAAACCUACCUUCAGAGGAGAGCACAAGGAAAAAGCAAAAAGUGCUUCUCCAGUUGGAUAGUCAGUCAGACAGCUCUGAGUACACUGACCUCCUGACCAUAGUCUCAGAAGAAGAAAUGUUUGAAAAUUUGUACAAAGAUUAUCCACAAGCUUCACAAUUACAUUCCACAGCACCAAAAAAGACACCAACUUCAUCCAAUGUGAAAUCUCCAGGCUCUUCACUGAGAUUCAAAACAAUGAGGAGAACGCGCCAGGCGGACUGGACUGCGGUUUCCAAAAUGGACAGGAAAAGAAAAAUUAAAGAAGCUGCAAAGUUCUUUACUUAAAAUGCAGAAAUCCCCAGUGCCUGGGCAUUGCUUAUGGGUGCCACCAUAGGGGUGUUAUUCUCUCAGAGUCAGUACUUUGUUGCAUUUUUCUGUCAUACCCAGUGCGUUGAAUUCUAUGUUCAUUUCCUUUACACAUAUAAACUUUAUAGCUCUAUAAAUACAUCCCCCUGCAGAGUAUUUUCCACCUUUCCUCCCUUCUGCUGGAAAAUGUUGGGACACAAAUUUGCCAAUUUUAAAUUUUGAAAGAAAUAUAACUACAUAGAAAGUUGUUUCAAAGCUGUUUCUGGCAUUAGAAAUUCCGGUUUUAAAGAACUUCUGUUCUUUUAAAUUUACUCUGUUUUUGUUAACACAUAAUACUUAGUGAAAGAAAUGUAGCUUUUAAAUGUAUGCACUUUUACCUGAAA